AACCCUAAAAACCUCCCAGGUGCAAACCCCGAAGUGUAGGUCGAUUAAUCUUAUUCUAUUCCGUCGAAGAUUCUUUCUUGGAUAUAUACUAGAUUUAUGAGUUGCGUGAUAAUCGAUAUCACUUGGAAUUUCUCUGCAAUUGAAUCCACUGUGUAGGUCAUGGGGAAAGAUUCGAAGGCAAAGGACGCGGGUGGUAAAGGGAAGGGGAAGGCGAAGCAAGCAGCUUCCGGAGCCGAUGAAAGUGCUUCCAAAGGGAAGGGAAAAUCCGGAAAAGCUGCUUCCGAUGGCCUUGGAACUUGCACUUAUGUCAAAGCAAGGCAUAUACUGUGCGAGAAGCAGGGUAAAAUCAAUGAAGCGUACAAGAAGUUGCAGGACGGUUGGCUUAGCAAUGGGGACAAGGUUCCUCCUGCUGAGUUUGCUAAGUUAGCAGCAGAAUACUCGGAGUGUCCAUCAGGGAAAAAAGGUGGGGACCUGGGAUGGUUUCCUCGUGGAAAAAUGGCCGGCCCAUUUCAAGACGUUGCAUUCAGCACUUUAAUUGGAGCAACCAGUGCACCAUUCAAGUCAACGCAUGGGUACCAUAUCAUCUUGUGUGAAGGGAGGAAGAAUUAGGAAAUCCGACUCAAUUCGGGAAAAUCCUACAUUUGGCCAUUAGCAAUAAUAAUAAUUCCCAGUUGAUUUGUACUACUUUUUUCGUUAAGAGCUCUACAUAAAAAAAAAAGAAAGAAAAAAAGAACUCUACAAAAAUUUUCGUUUACUGCGUUGUUCUCUCUAGAGCCAUGGAGUGAUCAAAACCAAUGCAUAUGCAUGUUCCUGCCUUAACUAUACCGUGUAUUUGUAGUUUGGUGGUCUGUUUUUAAUAAUAUUUAGUAAUGGAACUAUCCCUUGUU